ACUCGAUGCCGUUCCGCAUUACGAAGAUUACGUUUUCCUUGAUUGUGAAAAGCGUCCCGAAUUAAAUAAAUUUCGCCACUAGCGGACUAGGGUUGUAGUCGAUGCGUUCUCUGGUUAGACGCGUACGUCUACCCACAGCUGAGGGGGUUUUAGGAUUGAUUCUUAAUUUGAAUGCGAGGUGUGCCUGUCGAUGUAAAUGAUGCGAUUGAAGACGCCUACACGGUGGCGUUUAAGGCCGCUGGUGUGUUCGGGCUGCUAGUUUCGUAUAGUCGAGUCAGUUCGCGACUUGGCUACGAGCGUACGCGUCUCUCGCUCGCGGCACCGUCCGAUAUUAUACGAUACACGACCGCCCGCCCAACAUUCACGUUUUAAAAAACGUUGAGAUUUUUUUCUUAAUUUCUGACUAGAUAUCCGCAAAGUAAUCGCUUUGAAUUCAAUUCGAUAUUGAUAAAGAAAAAUAUUUUUUUACUAAAUAGUGCAACACAAAUUAUAUUAGAUUCUCGGUGUUUCAUAAGGAUGUUUUAAGUUAAGUUAAACAUUAAUUAUUUUGAAGGAUUUCCCGAAUUCAAAACGGGUAUCGAGGAGCUGCUCCGUAACGAUUUUCGAAAAGUGGUGUCUCGAGGCACUGAUGGAGGAGGACUCGAUGGGGUGUGCAACAAUGAGGUUCCAAGACUGACCCCAGGCUUGCAUCCGGAGUCAUUUUUCGACAUGAACGAGCUGCCCACAAACGCGUACUCUCUGGACACUCGCAGAAUGCAACUCUACUCUCACCAACACAUUCAUCCCGCGGAACUGUCGAUCCACGCUGUCUCCGCAAACGAACUGCUGAAGCCCAAAGAUGAGCCCAACUACUCCCUGGCUGCUUCUUCUAACAACUGUUCCAUCUUACAUCAUACAGUUACUUCACCGUACGAUAAUCGUAUAUGCAUGGAUACCAACACCAAUGAGAACCACAACGCUCAGAAUUCAAAAGGGGACGAAGACCUGUCUCGAGUUUAUCAGACAUUGUCCUUACCGACGCUGCCAUCUAGGGAGGAAACUAGUCCAAAUAACAGCGAGGACUCGAAAUCUAAAAUAAAAACAAUGACGCCGUCGAGCCCCGGGAACAGCGAAAUUAAGGCACAGACAACUUCGUCGAAUUCGCAGGCUCUGACCAAACCCCCGUAUUCGUACGUCGCUCUCAUUACGAUGGCCAUACAAAACAGUCAAACGAAACGGGCCACGCUGAGUGAAAUUUACGCCUAUAUCACGAAGGAAUUCCCUUUCUUCGAGAAAAACAAAAAAGGCUGGCAGAACUCGAUCAGACACAAUCUCAGUCUCAACGAAUGCUUCAUAAAGGUGCCGAGGGAGGGAGGCGGUGAGCGAAAAGGAAAUUAUUGGACUCUUGAUCCACAAUGCGGGGAAAUGUUCGAGAAUGGUAAUUUCCGACGGCGGCGGCGUAUGAAGAGACCGUUCAGGGCUAAUCCCUACUCGAAAGCGCUUUUCGGUGACGGGUACCACGUGUCGCACGUGGCUCAACACGUCCCACCGCACAUGCAACCGCUCCCAUUGGGCCCCAGAAACUACUUCGGGUCUGGUUCGCCGUAUCAUCCACCUUCCUAUCCCAGAUAUGACGCUACAUGGCUGAGUCAGUCCGCGGGUGGGCUUGGCUAUGGCUCGAUGGCCCGUAGCCCUCCUGGGUGCUCGCCACACAGCGCGCUUCCCCACCAAGCUCCUAGUGUCGCGGUCAGCCCAUUCGCUACACAUCAACUGCAGGGUCAAUUCCCGAGCUCUCUGCAACCCAUGCAGUCGAUGUCGCACGUCAACUCGUACAAUCCCAUUGGAGUGACAUCUAUCGACGGCCCGCCAAGUCCAGGACCUGCAUAUGCGAAUUCCUCUGUUGGUGAUUUCUCGCCUAGUCGACAUCACGACAUCGUCACUUCUUCGGACACGCCGGUCAGAUUACCUUUCUGGCCUGAAGGAGGUUCGUCGAGCCCUAAUCACGGAUACGUGCCGUCGAGUAACUUCUCGCCGCCACGUCGUCACGAAGCCGUCACGUCGUCGGACACGGCGGGAGCGCGCUUCUCCUUCUGGCCAGACGUCGGUGUCAAAGAAGAGGCCUCGUCGAGUCUUCUUUCGAACGCGGCUCCUUAUUCUAAAUGUUUUAUGUAAAGACAAAACUGAAGUCUGUGAAUGUGCGGAGUCUUAUAUUAUAGUCUCAUACAUAAAGGGCUUAAAGAAAAUGUACGUACAAGCUUAUCAUUAUAUAAUAUAUUUAGUUAGAACAUAAUACAUACUAUCGGAGCGUGUUAUGUACAGUCGUCGUUAUGAAUUAUGAAUUACAUUGUUUUGUUGUGAAUGUAGUUUUUUGUUUGUUUGUUUAUUGUUCGAUUUGUGGGUAUUAAAAAUUAAGUGCUAGAAGUACCUAAUGUAAGUUUUUGUUGAAAAUUUUGACGGUCAUAUUUUCGUUUAGAAUUCCGUUUAUAAAUCUGAUAUUUGCAGCUUGGCUCGUAUUGUACUAUUGUAUUGUUUUUUUUUUUAAUAUUACUGUAUGCUUACCGAACGAUGAAUUUUAAAUAUAAAUAUAAUAAUUGAUGAGUUCUGUUUAUUCGGGCAAACGGUCGAACUCUCAUCAGUGGCGUAGCUACCUAGGGGCCAGGCGGGGCAGUGCCCCGGAGCCCUCAAGCUCAGGGGGCCCUCGAAUCCUUACGAAUCCUUAGAAAUCUUGAUCGAACUGAACUUUUGGAAAUUUCUCCUAUUUUUAAAAUAAAUAUGACAGGUUGCAACCCCACUUUAAUCAUGAAAACUCAGUUGAGAGAAAUUCAAAAGUUAUGCCUAGGGAAUUCCCCUGAAUUAUUUCUGUAGGUUGGCAGUGCUGUCAAUUUGAUGGAUAGUGAUAUGUGCGUUUUAUUGCCGAUAGUGCCCGACCUUUAUAUAUUAAACUUUUGAAUCCUCCCUAUUUCGUGUUAUUAGCCAAACCUACACCAAGUAUUAAUUGUAAUUUAUGUUGUUACUGUUUAACAUUUUUAUUACCUGCCCUACAGUGCACAAAAAACAGCUAAAGUAGCUUAGGAUUUUUAAAGUAUUUCAUAUUUUUAUUUGUUAAAACCUAAUCAGCUUACAUAGCAUUGGGGCCCCAUUUUUUAAUUUGCCCCAGGGCCCUUGGUUACCUAGCUACGCCACUGACUCUCAUACGAAAAGAAAUAUAUAUAUGUAUGUACUUUAGAAAAUAGAACAAUGUGAUUAUUUGGAUCUCGAAAUAGCGACGAGAAAUCAAAACGGACAAUGGUUCACGAUGAACGAAUCUUUUUUCAACUUCACAUUCGAUUAGUGAGUCACAGUUGAUUUUGUUUUGUUCGCCUAAUAUCUAGGUUAGCUUAUGGGUGUUGAAUACGUUUCUACCAUAGCUUAAACGGUAGUUCUAUGAGUAUAUCGUAUUGUAGUUAUGUGUAUCGUUCAAUGUUACCUAUAUUAGUGACGUAACUAGCUAGUGUCGUAAGUCCAUGCAAAAGCAUACGAGUAUUUUGUAAUCAAGAAAUGUUCGUAAGUUAUUCGUCUAAAAUCUAUUUACGUUUAUGAUAUUGUUUUAUCACUGAAUGUGAAUGUUUGUAGUAUUAUUGUUUCAGUGGAACCAAAUUGUAUUUUUUUUUGGUAAGUUAAAAAAAAAAAAUUAAAACUAUUAUAUUUUAGUGUCCCGUAGUUCUUUGUUCGUAUAAAUAUUUAGUUUAAUCAUUUACAUAUAAAUCAACUGUAAUAUAUAAUAUCGGUGUAGUGAUCAAUGUAUAAUAUAAAAUGUAAGAGUGUUUUUAAAAUUAGUGAUCAUGAUGUCGAGAAAAUUUGGAUUCGCUAAAAUAAAUGUUAGUUAUGGCA